AUGUCCUACUCACCGCAACCCCGCCCAUCAUUAUCAUCUACCUUACUAGGCAGAAAAUCGAAUCAGCGCCAUGGUAUUAAGCUCGCUCCAACUAUUGCGUCCGCACGAAUUAUAUCCACUCUAAGACGCCAUGACCAAAAGAUAUGGUACUCGAUCAGCGUAGUUCCUCGUAAUGACCUACCUAAUAGGAAGAUAGUUCGCGCUCCCUACACAGUUUUUCGACGCUACGAAGACUUUCUGGCAUUUUCAAAUAAACUACAAGAGGUCGUUGGGCCCUCACCAUCAGAAAGUUCAAAAAUACCGAAAUCGCCCCGAGCUAAUAAAUAUAAGGCAUUGGCUACAACGUUUAUAAAAGACAGUGCAAGUCCCGUCGUGGCAUUGCCAAGACUCAAAUCUCGCAUCGUCUCCUUCGUCACCAAACAAGAUAGCUCACAACGACGGGAAGAUCUCGACAAUUUUCUAGAUUCUUUAUUCCGGCUGCCAGACCAUUUACUCAAGUCACUGCCAGUUUUGGAAUUUUUCGGCAUUGACAAAUCAGAUAUGGAACACAAAGUCAGCCAUGAUAUGAAUCUCUUAUCGCCAGACAGUAGCUAUCUCGACCUUGACUUGGCACCACACUCCUAUGGUCGAAGACUAGGGUCGGUGCCAUCUAAAAGUUACAGUAUAAUACCACCGCCAAUGCUGUCUAGGUCUUGUUCUGCCCUGGCAGUAAAAGUACCCACAUCAGCUGUGAAAAAGACAAUUUCGAAUCCUAAUUUCAACCAAGACGCAUAUGUUCAAUACAAGCCUAGCGAAAAAAAUGUCAAUGUGUCGUCAAAGUUAUACAAUAAGGCAGAACGGGCUCAGAAACGCUUCUUGUCAGCACCAAAUCCACAUAACACCCUUCAUGUCCCACCAGCAAGCUAUGUGGCGUCUGAUCCUUGGGAUGAUCAGACAUCAAACCCCAUUCAUUUUGCCUCCAAGGAUGAAGUUUUCAACAGAACUGACUUGAUAGUGCCAAAGGCUUAUGCAAAGGAGUCUGUGUCUCCUCUUGAGAUUGCAGAAAGCCCUCUGGCACCCAAUCCAAAAUUAUCACUCUCAGCUCCUGCACCACGCAAAAAGUAUACCCAUCUCCAAAGGAAUACACACUUUCCUAAAGCCAAAGAGGAAAGUACAAGAAAAAAUAUAAGAAAUGAACCGCGGGAUUCGGCUUUAUUUGUGCCUUUACAACGCUGCCUCUCAACACCGAUUCUGAAUUGCUAUGCGCAACCUGCGCAGGCCAGGAAUAUUCGAAUCAAAGUUAUCUAUGAUCUUGAUAAUAUUAUUAUACUCCAAGUACCACGAAACAUAUCAUUGCAGGAGCUUAAAAGUAGGAUUGAGAGUAAAUUAUCCAACAUCCACUUGCCAGCCAACGCCAAGGAUUCCAUGUCGCUGUUGUUCUAUGGGAAGCAGAGGACGAGUCAUGAAGACAGCCAAAGCUUACGUCCCAGUGACGCUUAUAGCAUAGCAAGCAGCAAGGAGCUGGUGUAUGCCAUGACGACCAUGUGGAGUGACCUGGAUAAGGUGACUGUGAGACUUACGAUUGGAAUGUUAACUGUUGGUUGA